CGCAAAGCGAUGAUCUACUGACGAGCCAAGCAUGGGACGUCUGGAAGUGUUGCCGCUCGCACCAGCUGAGCAUCGCUAGACCAGGUCAGAGCACAUGCAGCUCACGGCGCCAAGUUGAGGAUCUAAAGCAAAAUCUGACCGCCAUUUCUUCCUCCACUGCCCCACGACAGCAACGCAGAGGUGGAAGGUUUCGUACACAUCGAGCAAGAGCUUUUGGAGACAUGAGGCAUAUUCGGCUCGUCGGGACGAUGCCGGGUUGAUUAUGCACGAUCAUGCAGCUAUCGAUCUCUGCUUUGCCAGAUCUAGCAUCGUAUUCCACUCGAAUGGCACAGUCGACUCAAAGUGCAGAUCUUAUUUCGCUUCCAAAGUCCGCCGCACAGAUAUUUGUACCCCGCUAUUGCUGCACAGUGCUCAACUUUCAGCUGAAGUUGGCCGCAAUGGCUCAUAACUGAUCGUGCCUUGGGAUUUCAGUCAGCUCUGUGAGACAUAAAGCGGCACUUCACUGCAAAACAAAAACUUCGAAGCCGUAACUUCCUUCUCUUCUUUGGAAUCAUGAUAGCACGCUCUGUAAGAUCCUCAAAGACAUUCACUUUGAUCGUGGUUUGUAUUGCCGUCUUUUCCGAUGUUUUCACGUACGGGGUUAUCGUCCCAGUGUUGCCCUUCGCUCUGACAGAGAGGCUGGGCGUUUCGGAUGAGGAUGUCCAAAAAUGGAAUUCUAUACUCCUCGGAGUGCUGGGUGUGGCCAUCGUCGUGGGAAGCAUCGGCUUUGGCUAUCUUUCAGACCGCAUAAGAACUCGUCGGCUACCCUUCACAUUCGGACUUGCAUCGCUCGCCUCAGCUACCAUCGUUUUCGCGUUGUGUCGUACUCUUUGGCUGUUGGUCGUUGCAAGGUUUCUUCAGGGUCUUGCCACAGCUGUAGUUGUCACAGUGGGCUACGCACUCAUUUUUGAUAAGAUAGGAUCAGAUCAACUAGGCCAAGCGAUGGGUUGGACUUCACUGAGUCUUUCAGCAGGCUGGUUCAUUGGGCCUGUUGUCGGAGGUAUUAUUUACAAGCAUGCUGGCUACUUGGCUGUCUUUGUGCCACCUUUGGCACUUGUUGGCAUCGAGAUAAUGCUUAGACUUCUCAUAGUCGAAGAUGAAAGAACAACGAAAAUCACCGAGCAGAACUCUUCGGGCGUUGGAGUCUUCCAAGGAGAUACAGAGGCCACGCCGUUAAUUGGGCAUGAUGUGACUAUAGGGUCCAAGCACAGAAGUGUCUUUAUCACGCUUCUCUCGUCGAAACGCUUCGUUGUCGGCAUGUUUGCCUUUGGCGUCUUUAACGGUCUUAUGGUCGCCUUUGAUGGCAUCUUGCCAGUGUUUCUGAAGGACGCGUACGGAUUCAACAGCCAGCAAGUGUCCUUGACGUUCUUAGCAAUGACCAUGCCUAUGCUUCUGUCUCCGAUAUUUGGAGCAGCCUCGGAUCGGCUAAACAGCACGAAGUGGCCAGCAACUGCCGGUUUUGCUCUCUGCGUACCAGGACUCUUAUUGUUGAGACUUACAGGAGAUAGUGCAAGCAGGGAAUUUGCGCUCCUGAUUGUUCUCUUGGUAGAGCUUGGUGUAGCAUUUGCCGUCGGCCUGCCGCCGCUGGCAGCUGAAGUUAUGCACGUGGUCGAAGACAUGGAGCGCAUGGAUCCCGGCGUUUUUGAUCCUCAUGGUGCAUGUUCACAAGCCUACGGGCUUACAAAUGCAGGAUUUGGUGUUGGCUGUGUUUUAGGCCCCGUAGGAGCUGGCUUCAUACGCGUAUACUGGGGCUGGAAAGUUGCUGUUACAGCCAUGGCUGUCGUGAGUGGGGUGACUGCGGUAAUUGUCCUGUUUGUGACGGGUGGACCACUUGGUAUAAAGACACGUGGAGUAUUAGAGAGAGAAGUACACUCAGGUACAGAGGCUUGAGUUAAAGAGUGAUGACAUUUAUAUUAGCAUUCUAAGGAUCAUGAAAAUUAUGGACAUUCUUCCUCC